GUGCAUUUGUUCAAAGCCAAAAAUCUUCACUUGGUGUCAUUCGAUAGUGAUAUGCCACAAAAGAGGGUCUUUGGUUUUCAACACUACACUUCAUUCUUAGCUUUUCAUGGCGAUCUCGAAGGACGUGCAACCGUUGCAGGUUAACUCCAAUUGGGUUUUGCUUCUGGGUCAUGGCUUUGCUUGAAAUUUGCAAAGAAAAGGAAAAAAAAACUUUUUUUUUUUUUGGGUGUUAGCUGUUGUUGUUGUUGUUGUUAGUGUGAAGAGUUAGUUCUGGGGUUCUUACUAAAGUGAUAGUGGUUGGUUGUUCUGAAUUUGUUAGGAUGUUGUGGAUUUGGGUUUUGUUUGAUUUUUUAAGGUGAUGUUGUUUCUGGGUAUGGAGUGCAUUGGAUAGGUGUAGGAGAAGAUACUGGGGAAUGCAAUGGCUUGAGGCAAAUUGAAGAUAGUGUGGCUUUGAGCUAGGGUUUCAUAUAUUUAUGUAAUUGUCAAUUAUAUUGUGUCUUUAAAUAAAAGAGUAAAAAAUAAAAGAAGAUAGAGCUUGAUGAUAUGAAGCUUUCAACAGCAGGAUUGGGUCAGCAGGGACAUGAAGGAGGGGAGAAGAAGUGUCUGAAUUCUGAGCUAUGGCAUGCAUGCGCAGGGCCCCUGGUGUCCCUACCAACUGCAGGGGCUCGUGUUGUUUACUUCCCUCAGGGUCAUAGUGAGCAGGUUGCUGCCACAACUAACAGAGAAAUUGAUGGGCACAUACCCAAUUACCCGAGCUUGCCACCACAGUUGAUUUGCCAACUACACAAUGUAACAAUGCAUGCAGAUGUUGAAACAGAUGAAGUAUAUGCUCAAAUGACCCUACAGCCAUUGACUCCGCAAGAGCAGAAGGAUACAUUUCUUCCCAUGGAAUUGGGCAUUCCAAGUAAGCAGCCCUCAAAUUACUUUUGCAAGACAUUAACGGCCAGUGACACUAGCACUCAUGGAGGGUUCUCUGUUCCUCGUCGUGCUGCUGAGAAAGUUUUCCCUCCACUGGAUUUUUCACUGCAACCUCCAGCACAAGAACUAAUUGCUAGGGAUCUCCAUGAUGUUGAAUGGAAGUUUCGACAUAUUUUUCGGGGACAGCCAAAACGACACCUUCUUACAACGGGCUGGAGUAUAUUUGUUAGUGCCAAGAGACUUGUGGCUGGCGAUUCUGUGCUUUUCAUAUGGAAUGAGAAGAAUCAGCUUCUUUUGGGAAUACGUCGUGCCAUUCGACCACAAACUGUAAUGCCAUCAUCAGUAUUAUCCAGUGAUAGUAUGCACAUUGGACUUCUUGCAGCGGCUGCCCAUGCUGCAGCUACUAAUAGCUGUUUUACUGUUUUCUAUAAUCCAAGGGCUAGUCCAUCUGAGUUUGUCAUACCACUUUCAAAAUAUAUCAAAGCUGUGUACCAUACACGUAUUUCUGUUGGUAUGCGUUUCAGGAUGCUUUUUGAGACUGAAGAGUCAAGUGUGCGCAGGUACAUGGGUACCAUAACUGGCAUAAGUGAUCUGGAUCCUGUUCGGUGGCCAAAUUCUCAUUGGCGCUCUGUCAAGGUUGGUUGGGAUGAAUCAACAGCAGGAGAGAGACAGCCACGAGUAUCAUUAUGGGAAAUCGAGCCUUUAACAACAUUCCCAAUGUAUCCAUCACUAUUUCCGCUUAGGUUGAAACGCCCAUGGCAUCCUGGCACCUCAUCUUUGCAUGAUGGCAGCGAUGAAGCAACUAAUGGGUUAAUGUGGCUGAGAGGUGGACCUGUAGACCAAGGUCUCAAUUCCCUAAAUUUUCAAGGCACUGGUAUGUUGCCCUGGAUGCAGCAAAAACUGGAUCCAACUUUACUAGGAAAUGAUCAGAAUCAACAGUACCAAGCCAUGUUAGCAGCUGGUUUGCAGAACCUAGGUAGUGGAUAUCUCAUGAGGCAACAAAUGAUGAAUUUUCAACAGCCUUUCCAAUAUCUUCAACAAUCCGGAAACAAUAAUUCUCCUUUGCAACUUCAGCAGCAGCAAGCAAUUCAACAAUCAGUGUCUUCUAAUAUGCUGCAGCCACAAGCCCAAGCACUCACAGAGAACCUGUCUCAGCACCUCCUUCAGAAACCACAUAACAAUCAAGAUGUCCAAGCACAACAGCAGCAACAUAAUUAUCAAGAUACGCUUUUAAUUCAAAGUGAUCAGCUCCAUCAGAGACAACAAUCCAGUGUGCCUUCACCAUCAUAUUCAAAACCAGAUUUCUUGGAUUCAAGCAUAAAGUUCCCUGCUUCGGUUUCCCCUGGACAAAACAUGCUUAGUUCACUUUGUCCCGAAGGAAGAGGCAGUCUCUUGAAUUUAUCGAGAAAUGGUCAGUCCUUACUGACUGAACAGUUAUCCCAAUCACCAUGGACACCAAAGUAUGCACCUAUGCAGGUCAAUGCCUUUGGCAGCACAAUGUCACAUGCACAAUAUUCUGGAAAAGAUUCUGCAAUGGUGCCACCACAUUGUAAUUCAGAUGCCCAAAAUCCUACUCUCUUUGGUGUCAAUAUUGAUUCAUCAGGCCUUCUACUCCCCACCACUGUCCCUGGUUAUACCACUUCAUCUGCUGAUACUGAUGCAUCAACAAUGGCAAUAGGAGAGUCUGGAUUCCAGGGUUCUCUCUAUGCAUGCAUGCAAGAUUCAUCAGAGUUUUUGCAAAGUGUAGGGCAAGUUGACCCACAAAACCAGACCCGAACAUUUGUCAAGGUUUACAAACCAGGGUCAGUUGGGCGCUCACUUGACAUCUCACGGUUCAGCAGCUAUCAUGAACUGCGAGAGGAGUUGGCUCAGAUGUUUGGAAUCGAGGGGAAGUUAGAAGACCCUAGAUCAGGCUGGCAGCUUGUAUUUGUCGACAGGGAGAAUGACAUUCUUCUCCUUGGAGAUGAUCCGUGGGAAUCAUUUGUCAAUAAUGUAUGGUAUAUCAAAAUACUUUCACUUGAAGAUAUUCAGAAGAUGGGAGAGCAAGAAGCCCUUGCUCUCAGUUCAGGACAAAGGCUAAAUGGCAGUGGUGCGGAAUCUCACGACAUUGUUUCUGUACCAACAUCAAUUGGCUCAUUUGAAUACUGAGAUAGUUUAAGAAUGUAUUCCUUCAGUUCCCACGUUCAAGACAGUUUCUACUUGUUUAUUACUUCCGUUUUUUUGUAUGAUUUGAAGAAAAUAUACAUUAUGAUACGAAACAUAGGACAAGCUUUUGUGCCAAUAUGAACUUAGCGAACCACCAACUAGAAUUAGUGUUAUUGCUGUUUUAGCAUUUGAUUAACCUCUUGCAUGAACUAAUUAAUUUCCUGUU